CUAAAAACUCAGAAGUGUCUUGUUUUGCUAUUAUUGCAUGUUGUGUUGUUUGAAACUUAUGAUAAUUCUCUCGAAAAUUUGACAAAAAUGUGCUAGAUGUCUUUGUCUUUUAUAAUUUAACAUAAUAUAAAUUUUUAAUCUACUAUAGAUGUGUAUAUAAUUAUUUGGUGUAUUAUGUAUGAACAAAUUUGUGAGUGACAAGAUUUUUGAAAAUUUUUCAACUCCAAAAUAAUGUGUAGUACAAAAGUCAUCGGUUACUGGAUAUCAGAGAAAAAGCGACAAAAAUUUAACUGGCUAGAAUUUCAAAAUAUUUGCAAAAGAGAUGGAUUCUCCUUGAAAAUUAUUGAUAUUAAUUCAAACGUAGAAUCUCAGGGACCAAUUCAUGUUUUUUUGCACAAACUCACAGAUGUCCUUGCUCAUGCAGAAAGUGGAGAUCAAGCUGCAAAAGAAAUUAUUACCAAAGUGCAAGGAUACAUACGAAAACAUCCAGAAUUAUUAGUGAUUGAUCCCUUGGAAAAUGUAAAGAAUUUAUAUAAUCGACAAUUAUCGUAUGAAAUUAUACGAAGUGAAUUAAAAUUUGACGUUUUUGUUCCAAAUUCUGUGGAAAUACAAACCAGUAAUGAAGACCAAGUUUUAUUUCUUAUGAAGAGAAAUGGAAUUCAAUUUCCGUGUGUAUGCAAACCAUUAUUCGCUCAUGGAUCAAGUGAUGCUCAUAAGAUGAUGAUCGUGUUUAAUGAAGACGGAUUAAAAGAUUGUCAAACGCCUUAUGUGGCACAAAAUUUUAUAAACCACAAUGCAAUUUUAUAUAAACUGUUUAUAGUCGACGGUCGAUUUCACGUGGUGGAGAGACCAAGUUUAAAAAAUUUCUAUCAACGUGAUUGUGCUUCGCUUAAAACAAUUUUCUUCAGUUCACACGACAUUUCAAAAAGUGGCUCAAAUUCAAAGUGGUCAAUUAUUUCCGAGGAUGAUCUACAUCUUGGCGUGAAACCAAAGAAUGAAUAUUUUCAAGAAAUUUCCGAGCAAAUAGUCAAAAUAUUUGGACUCAUUUUGGUUGGUGUCGAUGUUGUCAUUGAAAAUCAUACCGGAAAAUAUGCAAUAAUUGACGUCAAUGUCUUUCCCGGCUACGAUGGUUAUCCACAUUUCUUUGAGCAUCUAAUUGAAAGUAUAAAGAAACGUCUGAAAAGUCGAAAGGUUUACAGUAAACAAAAUUUUAACACUGAAUCAAGCUUCAAGAAUUCCUUCAGCGAGGAUCUUGAUUCUGGUUUUGAAAGCGAUGAAAAAAAGAAACAAUUUUCAUUGUCAUGAUUUUAAAAUCUAUUUUUAAAUGAAACUCCAUUUUAUAGUUGAAAAUUUUUGUACAUAACACAGUUUUCUAUUUUUCUCAAUAUUGCACGAUUUUUGUAAAUUCCUCUACUUUGAAUAUUAAGUUUGUUUAAAUUUUAUAUUAAGUUAAACAUUGAAAAUUAUAAUAUAUGCUCGUUAUUGAUAAUAAUUUAAAUUAUCCUACGAAAACAACGUCAAUCAAAAUUAUUUUCAUGAAAAUUCUUUCAAAUUUUCUCCUAAAUUCCAUAUUAAGAUGUGAAAAUUUUUUUAAAUGAAAAUAAAGAACAAUUUGUAAUAUUUUUACCAAAGAAAAAUUCCAUUUUUUAAGAAAAUCCACUAAUCUUUUUACUCUACCUUUCUACUCUGUAAAGUGAAAGUAAUUUUGCAAAAAUGUUUUGACGAUUCACACUCAGGAAAAAGUCUUCGAAAAUAAAAGAUUUAUGAAAAUAGCUUUUUUUCCGAACAAAUAGUUUCAGAAUAAUAGACAACUAUUUAAUAAAGUUUUAUUUUAUACUUUUAGAACUUUUAGAUUUAUGUAAAAUUUUAUUUUUAUUUCAAAUAGUAAUAUUUAUAUUUCCAUGUAUACGGGUUAACAAAAUAAAAAAAAAGAGAUGUUCUUUAAUAUAAAAAGAAAUUUAUAUUCGCUUCGUUGUAAAACUAACAGUAUUAUCCAGUGUGUUAGCGAUUUAAAUUGUCACGUGAAACAUCGGUCAUCGCUAAGUGAUAUUUUUAAAUUUCCGAUCAAUUUCUUUAUUUUGUAAAUAAGAGUUUUAAUUUAUUCAACUGUACAUAAAAUUUCCUGUAAAUCUGUAAAUAAUUCUCAAGAAUGUUUAAAAAAAAUUUUUCAACUAAACUCACAAUCAGUGAAAAUUAUUUUUAUAAGAAAAUAUUCAUCAGUCUGUGUAAAGUUCGAUUAUAAUUCCGAGAAUAUUCAAAAAUAUGUACAAACUAGUUCUUUUUUUAAAUGAAUGUGAAAAAAGUAGCUUUAUUUACGAGGCUUUAUAGAUUUGUAUAAGGUAUUUCCUAAUAAAUAAAUUUUACAUAAUUUAAGAUAAAUAAAAAAUUAUUUU